AUCUCUUACCAAUUGUCAACUGAGGAAAAGCAAAAAGACAAACUCUCUAUAGUACUCCAAUAAUGGCACCCCCCAAAGUAACCAUAUUUCAGAUGGAGGAUCACGUCGCCAGAGCUCUUGCCUACUAUAUAUCUGAUCUAUCUUCAAAGUUCAUCUCUGCAAAUGGUUCAUUCUCUGUUGUACUCUCCGGAGGUACUGUAAUCCAUACUCUCAGGAAGUUAGUUGAAGAGCCCUAUGCUAGUGGGAUAGAUUGGUCAAAAUGGUUGAUAUUCUUUAUUGAUGAAUGUGUUGUUCCGUUUACUGAUCCUAAUUCUAACUACAAGCUUGCUUAUGAUGGAUUUCUUAGUAAGGUAUAUAUUUAGAAAAAUAAUAUAUGAAUAUAAUUUAUAUGCUUAAACAUGUCAAGACACAUGGCAAGAUUGAAGGUGAGAAUGAUGAAAGAGAACAAAAUCAAUGUUUAUUAGUUGAGUUGAUUACUUGAUCAAGCAUCAUAGGUGGUUUAGGCAUGGGGCAACAUGGUCAACCCACUCUCCCUUCUUCCACCAUGCUAGUAUGCUACUACUUAUCACCACCAUGAGCAGCUGCCUUCUUCCACGAAUCCCGGCCACCACCACCACCACCGCCGUCAUCUUUUCCCGAUGAUGAUUCGUACAGGGGAGAUAGAAGGGGUGAUUGGUGAUGAGGGUGAUCGGUAAUGACGGUGAUUGGCGAUUGUGGUGGUCUAUGGUCUGGGCUCCACCCUUGAUGGUGAUCGGA